AUGCCUUCCUCCUUCGAGAAAAUGCUCAAAAGCUUGAGAAAAAAAUUUAAUUGCAAGUUUGAAGGAUUGAAACUAGAGCAGGAAAAAGCUAUAGUUGAGGCUGUUCUUCGUUGUCUCUUUUUGUAUUUGGCAAGAAAUCCAAUAUAUGUAACAAUUCUAAUUGGCAUAUUUUUGCUUCACGCUGUUUAUCAAGUUCUCAUGUUUCCUUCUUCUUUGUGGAAUAUGCGAACAGUACUUUUUGGUAUUUCGUCAAUUUCUACGUUGACAUGCAUAUCAAUGACCACAGUGACGAAAAAUGAACUCUCAAGAUUUUUCGAUUCACCUUUGGAUAUAAGAAACAAUAGAGCAUCUCUUUUAAGAACAUCAGUAGUAACUAUGCAAGCACUUUUCGGUGUUGCACUUGUUCUGCUAUCGGUUCAAUUUCAUUUCAACAAUUCGCCUUACGAUAUUGUUCUGGUCAUUCUAUGCAUCAUAAUUACAACCAGACUCGUAGUUGUUCUUGUUAUCUGGACAAAUUGCGUUUAUCGAAUCGGAGAAAAACUGAGCGAACUUGGAAUGUUUUUGGAGAAAUGUAAUGGAAGAACAGAGUAUGAGCAUUUGGCAUUAAAAAUGAAGGAUAUCACGAUUUGCCUUCAACUGCACAACCGAAAAGUAUCAGUUAUUCUGCUUUUGUGGCUGAUACUGAUUACAUAUUGUUUACUCCUGAUUCUGAAAAACAUGAUGUCAAUUACAGUUUUUGCGUUCAUUUCUACACCAUUUUGCAUUUUAUUCCUAGUUUGCUCCUACGCAAACUCUGAGUUGGAAAAGUUGAAAAUUGCAUCUUUACGAUUGUUCGACUUGCAAUUUAUCACGCCUGCGAUAAACUCAUUGGUUAACUACUUUUGGAUGUCGCGGAAAAUUGAGCAGCUGCCCGCUUUGGAAGUCAAAUAUUUAUUCGAGACAACAUACUCGAAUGCUUUAAAAGUUUUGUUUUAUUGUUUCGUUGUUUUUAUUAGUUUUGAGCAUUGUAUAACUGCUGCAUUGAAAUGUAGAACAAUUGUUUAA